GAGACCACCUCGCGUCGGCCGCCGGAUCCAUACGCUCCUCAAAACAAGGCGCAAAAAAACAAAAAAAAGCCCACCCCCCCAAAAAAAGGAGCCCAAAAAACAAAGGAAGCAGCGGAAACUCCACUAAAUAAUGUCAUCCGGCGUCUGAACGCAGCACCAGCCAGCCGCACGCCAGCCUCAAGUUACCCGGCCGCGAGGGCUUGUCAACUUCGGGAGAAGGAGCCGCGAUGGAGCCGGGAGACACAGCCCCGGAUUCCUGGGAGGAGGACGCCGAGGCCCCGGACGCCGCGGCCGGUCUCCACGCCGCCUUCACCGCCCUCAACGUCAACGCCAAGCCGUUCGUGCCCAACGUCAACGCCCCGGUGUUCGUGCCGAGUUUCCUGCAGGGCGGCGGGGCGAAGAGCCCGCUGUCGGACGGUGCCUCUGAUCCGGUUACCAGCAUGGAGGUGGCGGAAACAGUCGUGGAGAACGGAGGAACAGAGGCCGACAUGACCACAGAAGAAGAGACGUGGGAGCAAAAGGAGGAGCCGGGUGGAGGUGGAGGCGACGGUGAAGGAGGAGGAGGAGGGGAUGAAGCGGUCCAAGGGGCAGGAAGUCCCUGUGAAGAAGGCGUCCAGCAGAAGGAGAGUGAGGAGAUGAUGGAGGAGGAAGAGGAGGAGAUUCCCUUGCCCAAAGUGGCCCCACCCCAACUGGAUGCGCCCAAGAAAGAGCACGUGAACGUGGUCUUCAUCGGUCACGUGGAUGCUGGUAAAUCGACUAUCGGUGGACAGAUCAUGUAUUUGACAGGAAUGGUGGAGAAAAGGACACUGGAGAAGUAUGAACGAGAGGCAAAAGAGAAGAACAGAGAGACAUGGUACCUGUCAUGGGCUCUCGACACAAACCAAGAGGAGAGGGACAAGGGGAAGACUGUAGAGGUGGGGAGGGCCUACUUUGAGACAGAGAAGAAACAUUUCACCAUCCUGGACGCGCCUGGACACAAGAGCUUUGUCCCCAACAUGAUUGGAGGGGCGUCGCAAGCUGACUUGGCAGUUCUGGUGAUUUCAGCCAGAAAAGGGGAGUUUGAGACGGGCUUUGAGAAGGGCGGUCAGACACGGGAACACGCCAUGCUCGCUAAAACGGCAGGGGUCAAACACCUCAUCGUCCUGAUCAACAAGAUGGACGACCCCACCGUCAACUGGAGUCUUGAGAGGUAUGAGGAGUGUAAGGAGAAGCUGGUGCCAUUUCUAAAAAAGGUGGGCUUCAACCCCAAGAAAGACAUCCACUUCAUGCCUUGCUCUGGACUCACAGGGGCCAACCUCAAGGACCCAGUACCUGAAUGCACUUGGUACACGGGUCUGCCAUUCAUCCCCCACCUGGACAACUUGCCAAACUUUACCAGAUCCAGCGACGGACCAGUCAGGCUUCCCAUCGUAGACAAGUACAAGGACAUGGGAACAGUGGUCCUUGGGAAGCUGGAAUCAGGAUCUAUUAGUAAAGCACAACAGCUGGUCAUGAUGCCGAACAGGCACACUGUGGAGGUGCUGAGUCUGCUUAGCGAUGACGUGGAGACCGAGGACGCGGCGCCCGGGGAGAACCUCAAGCUGCGUCUGAAGGGCAUCGAGGAAGAGGAGAUUCUCCCCGGCUUCAUCCUCUGCAACUCCGACAACCUCUGCCACUCCGGCCGCACCUUUGACGCACAGAUCGUCAUCAUCGAACAUAAAUCGAUCAUAUGCCCCGGUUACAACGCUGUCCUACACAUCCACACCUGCAUUGAGGAAGUACAAAUCACAGCCUUAAUCUGUCUGGUGGACAAGAAGACGGGGGAGAAGAGUAAAACACGGCCACGCUUUGUCAAGCAGGACCAGGUGUGCAUCGCCAGGCUCCGUGCUGCAGGAACCAUCUGCCUGGAGACCUUCAAAGAUUUCCCUCAGAUGGGACGAUUCACACUGCGAGAUGAAGGCAAAACUAUUGCGAUUGGCAAGGUGCUGAAGCUGGUGCCAGAGAAGGACUAAUGCAGAAACCGCAGCAGCAGCAGUUUGCAUGGAGACGUCCCACCGGUCAACAGAGGCGAACACCGCUAGAGCCGACCCAAUCAGCCCCCUCUCUCUUUUAACUCCACAAUGCUGAAGAGAAGAACGAAGAAGAAGAACGGGGAGGAGAGGAGGAGAAUAAAGUAAUUUUAUUAACAUAAAACAGAGACUGAAUCAGUUUUUAUCAUAAAGCGAUAUUGAAGAGGCACGCAAAGUCCACUGUGUCAGCUUUCUCACAUUGAGACCUGGGCUAUGCCGCUGAUGUAAUGACAUAUCUGCUUGCCCCAACCUGAGCCUCUCUUGUAUGAGGAGAAUUGUUAUGAUGAAGUCCAUUUAAGAUGCUGCCAUUUUAUGUGGCCUUGUUUUAAUCAGUAAAUAUACCUCUCUGUAGAAAAUCGCCCUAAGACCUUCUCCGAACCAGAGGGUCCCACCAGUAAAUGUGGCGUGCAAGUGAUCCUCAAAACUACUGAUACGUCAGUAAUGUUAUCAGUCUUUAAAUGCAAGCAACGGGGGUUCAAAGUUGAGAUUUCGCUGGAAUUGAAGAUGUUCAGUCGAUCAUUUGUAACCUGGAUUUUGAUGGAGAGUUUGAGUAACUCGGGGGUAUCUGACUUUCUUUUUUUUUUUUUUUUUCUAAUUGAAGACCGUCAAAAUGAUUGUUUCUUAGAUGGAGUUUGACAUAUUACAUGGGUUGAGGCUUUAAAAUCCCCCUUCUCUACUCCCCUCGCUAAGCUACUUGUUAGCUAGCCACAACAUUUGUUUUUGGAAUGGAGACGGAUGCAGUGUUGCUGAGUUUGGAUAAAAAUAUAGACUGGUUUCUUCUCGUGUUAAAGGCCAGUUGUACCCCCUGUUCGUAAUUUGCGAUAUUGAUCACCCUUUUCAAGGAUAAUAUUGAAAAUUGAAUGGACAUUUUAUUCGGUUUUAUGGAUUGCUGUACCAAAAUUGUAAUUUGGUCUCUGUCCACACAUUUCAGAUGGUGUAUUUGGAUUCACGUGUCACAUACAGGCCUGAUUAACAAAGGACACACAUACAUACACUGUUACAUAAUCAAAGAUGAAAUAAAUGAUCAAACUGAAGAAAAACGGGGGUUUGUCUACAUGGGG